AUGCGAAUUUUCGUUGAGAGCUACCGGCAGACGGUCUUCACAUCCGCCGGUAUAAUCUGCGAUAAAAUGAGUGCAGCCUUCCCUGGAGCUGCUGCAGCCGAAGUUCUUGGUCUCCUACACUGUCCCCAAAACACCCUCCCCCCUGCACCUCCAGUGUGCAAAAAGGUAAUCUCGGCUAAUGCCGUGUCCUCUUGUCAAUCGGUUUGCAAAUGCGACGCAUCUGGAUUCGUGUCUUGCGUAGGGAAGAACUUAUACACUGUGCCAUCGGAUCUCCCAGAGAACAUCAUCAGUUUAAAUAUUGCCGACAAUCGGUUGACGAGUCUGCCAAAAAAGGCCUUUUCAAAGUAUUCAAGUCUCCGAAAGCUCCACCUCUCCGAUAACCUGAUUGAUAACAUUGAAGAAGACGCCUUUGCAAAUCUAAAACAGUUAAGAUAUUUGUAUCUGGGAAAUAAUCUGCUCACUUGCGACUGCUCCCUUGCCUGGCUGCCUGGCUACCUUAAACAGACUGAGGCUGGAGAGAACCACUGGGCCACUUGCAACUCUCCCGCAGAAUUGAAGGGGCAAUACCUUCAAAAUCUUAACCUUCAAAUUUGUCCUCCAAGCUCGAAUAAACGUCAAUGCAAGGGAGUUGCUAGUCAGCAUCACCACUCCCUGCCACAACGGGACUUGGAUGUCGCUCGUGGCUGUCCCAAGGCCUGUGCAUGCGUUCAGAUCCCCAAUCGUGUUCAUAGAUCGGCCGAUGACGUAAUCACAUUCACGGCCAUUCGUCCAAGCAUCACUGAAAUUCUAGAACCAAGUCUCAAAAUAACGUGUUCAAAUGCAGGGUUAACCAGGUUUCCAGUGGACAUUCCAGAAAAUACAAAAGAACUGUACUUGGAUCACAACUCAAUCCAGGAUUUAAAUCAACGAAACUUUUUGUAUCUGCAAAAAUUAGAGGUUCUAAGCUUUGACGAGAACCCAUUAAGGUGCAGUGAGGAGAUGUCGUGGCUGCCCGGAUGGAUGCAUCGAAACGAGGCGCUUGUGAUGCAGUCCUCCUCAGUCCCCAAGUGUGCUGGUCCUGCACAUCUCCAGGGCAGUCCAAUUGCAAGUCUGAUAGCCAGUGACUUCCGCUGCUCCCACCAGAAUUCGACAAACAGUUCCUGUGAAAAGGGCUGUUUUCCUUCUAAAGUGACCGCGACGACUGCACACUGCCCAGAUGCAUGCACAUGCAAGGGACAACGAGUUGAUUGUUCUGGGAAAGGUUUAAGUGAAGUUCCAAAGGAUUUGCCAGUGAAUACCAAAGAUUUGUUUUUAGAACAUAAUAACAUUCGAAGGAUUGAUCCUGAACGUCUUUAUCAUUUGAAGCAUCUUGAGACUUUACUUCUUAGCCACAACGCCAUUCUUGAGCUGCACUCAGGAACUUUCAAGCACCUACACAAUCUCAAGUCUCUGUUACUAAGCAGCAACGGAUUGAGAUGCAUACAUCCAGACGCCUUUGUUGGUUUGAAGAAGUUGAGAGUCCUAAUACUGCAGAACAACGCCAUCUCCACACUGGCAAAUAGUACCUUCCGGGAUUUGGGACGGAUCAAUAAUCUAGCACUUGGCCAGAAUCCGUUACACUGUGAUUGCAACUUACGUUGGUUGAAUGACUUCUUCAAACUAAAGUACCUGGACAAUGGAGUUUCUCUUUGUGCUAGUCCACACAAGCUGAAGCUUAAAUCGAUUUUCCAUUUGAGUCCCAGUAACUUCACCUGUACCGAAAAACGAGGCUUCAGGGACACUGAAAAAGCACUGAAACAAAUCAACCAAGAUGAAGAUUCUGAAAUUGUCGCAAAAUGCAAUCCCUGUGCUCACAACCCUUGUCAAAACAACGGGAAAUGUGAGCCGAUCUCUGGCGUUGAAUUCAAGUGCAAAUGUGAAGCGCCAUUUUAUGGGGAACGGUGCGAGCAAGAGAUGGAUGCCUGUUUUGGAAAACCUUGCAAAAAUGGUGGCACAUGUAAACUUACCAAUGACCGGGGUCACUACAGAUGUGAAUGCUUGCCUGGUUUCGUAGGCUUCAACUGUGAAGAAAAUGUAAAUGACUGUGCAGGGGUUUUGUGUGAGAAUGGCGGUAUUUGCGUCGAUGGCGUGAACAACUACACCUGCGAAUGCGCCCCAGGGUUCAGAGGCAGGUACUGUGAGAACGUGUUCCAGUAUUGUGUCGACGAAAACCCCUGCAAAAAUGACGGAGUCUGUGUAAUGCAUAAUUCCUUUGGAUUUAAGUGUAUUUGUCCUGAGGGAUGGGGUGGAGAUGACUGCGCGAGAAACCUCAACGACUGCGAGUACAACAGAUGUCAGAACGGCGGGGUCUGUCGCGACCACGUCGGCGGUUACACUUGCGAGUGUCGACUCGGCUUCACAGGCAAGUGCAGACCAUUGGCUGACGAAAAGCUCCACCGUCUUGACGUGGUGAUUAAAAUGGAUCAGGCCGAGCUAUUUGUCGACGGAAUCCGAAACGCGUUAAUCCAGGCUACUGUGCCGAAAACCAACUCAGACAAAAAGCCCCGCCCUCUACUUUCUGCAGCUCCAAUUUACCUGGGUGGAGCUCCUCGACAUCUGUUGAGAGCCGCACACCGGGCUGGACUGAUAGGAGAUGAUGUCGGUGUCGCCAGGACGAGGAGAUGGGAUGUCUCAAUGGAGGUGUUUGUAUUUCCGGCUUCGCACUACCAGCGGAUGGACGGAGUCAGCAAUGGUUGUCCCCGUCACGAUAUUUUUGUCGGUGUUCCAGCGGAUAUGAAGGAGUCAGAUGUGAAAAAAGUAAAUUUGUAG